AGCAAUGCUUUUAAACUCUCCUGCUGGAUGAAACCUUUAAAAUAUUUUUCAUCUUCUUGCUGUAGCUUUGGGGUCGAGUGUUUUUGGGUUGUUUUCCCCCCCCUCUCUUCUUUUUAAACUGUUUUUGUUAUUUUAGUUGCGAUACCGACUUUGAUUUUUGUGUUUCUUGUUUUCUUUUUUUUUUGUCUUCGCUUCUCUUUUCCUUCCUCCCUUUACCCGAUGAACCUCUCUUCUCGCUCUGCACUUUGCAUGAGAAAGCCCAGAGGAAAGGCACCAUGAAGUGUUAAAAAUAACAAAACAAACCAACAACAACAACAAAUUUACUCGCAACACCACCAGCUAACACUUCCAGCUGCAGUCUGCAAACUGCAAAAAGAGAGAGGAGGCAGAGAAGGGAGGGAGAGAGGAGGAAAAGGAGGAAAAAAAAAAAAAAAAAAAAACCUUUAUGCAAAAGGCGAAUAGCAAGAGCCCCUCGCUCUGAUGCAUCAGCGGCAGCGGAGACUCUGCAAAGGAUAACGCGGAGCGGGAGCGCCGGGGCGAAUUGGAGCGGAGGCUGAGCGGGGCCGUGGCGAGAGGCAGAGGCAGGAGAGAGCGGAGCGGAGCUCGCCAAAAAUCAAGCUGGCUCACCCGGUGGCAACUCAGAGCAGUCCCCUCGCUCCCGGAGCGCACCCUUUCUGGAGGACUCUCAGCAGCAAAAGGAUGGCAUCAGAACUGGCAAUGAGCAGCUCCGACCUGCCCACCAGUCCCCUGGCCAUGGAAUAUGUUAAUGACUUCGAUCUGAUGAAGUUUGAAGUGAAAAAGGAGCCGGUGGAGACCGAUCGCAUUAUCAGCCAGUGCGGCCGCUUGAUCGCCGGGGGAUCGCUCUCUUCCACCCCGAUGAGCACGCCCUGCAGCUCGGUGCCCCCGUCCCCCAGCUUCUCGGCGCCCAGCCCCGGCUCCGGCACCGACCAGAAGACCCACCUUGAAGACUACUACUGGAUGACGGGCUACCCGCAGCAGCUCAACCCGGAGGCGCUGGGCUUCAGCCCCGAGGACGCGGUGGAGGCGCUGAUCAACAGCAGCCACCACCCGCUGCCCGGCGCCUUCGAUGGCUAUGCUAGAGGGCAGCAGCUGGCCGCGGCCGCCGGCGCCGGCGGCUCCGUGCCGGCCGAGGAGAUGGGCUCGGCGGCCGCCGUGGUGUCGGCGGUGAUCGCCGCGGCGGCGGCGCAGGGCGGCGCGCCCCACUACCACCACCACCACCACCACCCGCACCACGGCGGCGGCGGCGGCGGCGGCGGGCACCCCCACGCCGCGGCGCCGGGCAGCGCGCCGCCCUCCUCCGCCUCCUCGGCCGCUGGCUCCGGCGGCGGCGGCGGUGGCGGCGGCGGCGGCGCCGGGGGGCUGCACCACCCGCACCACGGCGGCGGCGGCGGCGGCGGCCUCCACUUCGACGACCGCUUCUCCGACGAGCAGCUGGUGACCAUGUCGGUGCGGGAGCUGAACCGGCAGCUGCGAGGCGUCAGCAAGGAAGAGGUGAUCCGGCUGAAGCAGAAGAGGAGGACCCUCAAAAACAGGGGCUAUGCCCAGUCCUGCCGCUUCAAGAGGGUCCAGCAGCGGCACGUCCUGGAGUCGGAGAAGAACCAGCUGCUGCAGCAAGUGGAGCACCUAAAGCAGGAGAUCUCCAGGCUGGUCCGGGAGAGGGACGCCUACAAGGAAAAGUACGAGAAGCUGGUCAGCAAUGGCUUCAGAGAAAACGGAUCCAGCAGUGACAACCCUUCCUCUCCAGAGUUUUUCAUGUACCCGAGAGAAUCAUCUACAACGGUGAUGUGAAAAUCCUGUUACCUGAGAUCAAAAUAAAAAAAAGAAAAUGUGAUGCUGAAAUGGGGAUGACUUACGACAACCUUCUGGAAUGAAGACAGCUACAAAGCACAAAAUACAAAAAAUGAACUCAGAACUCAGAAAGAAACAAGAAAAAAACAGCAUUUUCUUGGCAUCAACAAGAAGCUCUUUAUUUUUCCUCAAGUUUUCUUUUCUAAAAAAAAAAAUUUGGAAUUAAGACUUUGCAGAAAUGAGACAAACUUUCUCUUUAGAUGACAAUAUUCAAGCAUGUUGUUUUAUUGAAUUUAAAUUGUUAGAAAAAAGAUAUUUGGAAGGGGAUACUGUAUCAGCAGAACUGAGAAACUGUGAACUUUCAAAGAAAAAAACCCAACUCCUUAAAACUGUGAACUAAGAAAAGGAUGGAAAUACCAUUUAAACCCCUGAUUAUACUCUGUGUGUUCUUAAGGAGACAUCCUCAUAUUUGCUAACUCUGUGGUAUUUAGGGAAUGGUUUACAACAUAUGUUUUUAGUAUAAUCUUUUAAGAAAACAAAAACCAGAAAGAUUUAAUUAGCUGUGACUUUACCAUUUCUGUUCAGAUGUCUCCUUGCACCUUCUUUUUCCUGACAGUGCAGAUGCAUUUGCAGCCAGCAGUCAAGGGCACGAAAGAUUUCUUUCCUUAAUAAUCUUUUCAUUUGCCACACCCAGUAAAAUCCUUGUAGGCAAAAAGAAUCAACACAGCUACCAUCUCCCAAUCAAUACCUAAAGCCUAACAGACAGUAAUUAUCAAAAUAAAGAGGAAAUCCCAUAUUAGGCUAAGUACCUACCCAUCAAUCAAAACAACAGAAAAUAUCUGCAGCAUUGCUUUUCUAAAAUAAGACAAAAGAUGCCUCCUUGGGUUACACUUUGAACAGGCUAUAAUCAAAAGAAAGAGAACCGAGACUAACUAAGCCCCAGGAAGCCGCAUUGUCCCUUUAACCCACAGUAUUCCCCAUUUCCCAUUAGUACUUAACAUUUUUCACUAUGUUGUGACUGCUAUUAUUUCAUUUAACACUGGUUAAUCUGUAUCUGAGGUAUAUGGAAACCCUCUAGAUGAUAAGAUUGGACAGGUUCCAGUGUUGGCAGUUUUCGAGCGUGCACACACUCGUGUGUUUUGAUCCUUCCAGGAGCUCCUUGUUAUUUGGACUGCCUGCCAAUUCGUUCUUGGAUCAGCCUCUCGCUCAGCUCCCACAGGGCCGCUGCCGUCGCUUCGCCCUGCGCCUCCUGCGACGGCAGGCAGCGGCAGCAGUUGUUGAAGUACAUCCCUCCCAGGCCCUCCAGCUCUGCAGCCGUGGCGCAGUACACAGUUGUGGCCGCUCCUUGUUGCUGGAAUUUGAAAAAGAACAAAAGAAAUGAGACAUAGAAAAAAAAGCCAACAAUAUAAAUAUAGAUAAAGAUAGAUAUUUUAUCAUUGUCAUUUUGACUGCAGUCCUUUGAAGCUGUGUCUUAUGAAAGCGUCAGUGGAAAUCACUGCGGCUGACAGGGUAACCCACCUGAGAACAAGGCUGAAACCCUGCUGAAGGUGCUACCUGCCUGCCUGUUGGGCAUUUGGUUACAAAACACCUUAGCGAGGACUCUUUUCCUUUUCCUUUCCACUUAAAAAAAACCAAUCCUGAACCACAGCCUUGGUCUUGGGUCUUUUGCCCCUUUUCAGUAAAAACCUGAUUGGCAGCAGGGCCAGUCUGGCCUGAUGCAGCAAGGCAGGGUCUGCCCAGGCAGUGUUCGAAACCAGAACAGUUGAGCCAGGUUUAAAAGCAGCCACUCAAAACUCUCUGUUUUCCCUUUGCAACACAGGCAAUAUUUACCAUACACCUUGGGCACCCCCACUUUCUAACCCUGACCAGCAAUACAGGCAGAUGUAUGUAUUUUGUUUGUUUGGGUUUUUUAAACCUCUUGUACAAAAUUAACCUGGGCACUCCAAUUAAGACCUAUCAUGUAAAGUGCAGUCAGGAUUGGUGCCAAACCUGCCCAUACAUCUUUGAUCAACAGUUUCACUGUGGCAGUUGUCACCGCUGCCUUGUACGAACGUUCAUCUGCUGCAGGCAGAGAGACGUUCUGAUUUCCCAGAGACGCACGGCUUCCCAGUGUUUGGGGUCUUUUUGUUCUGUAACAACCAUUUCUUACAUCUUAUAAUGCUUUAAGAAAUGGAGUAGAUAGAUUGGAGGAUUUUGUGGAUCAGGAGAUCUUUUCCUUUUCCUCUUUUCCUUUCUUUUCCUUUUUCUUACCAAGUAAACUAUGUUCAAACAGGAAGAAUGUGUUUCUCCAAAUUUCUGCAACAGAAACCUGGAGACUCAGGCCACAGGGCUGGGACAAGAACCCUGUUACUAGUGAUGUGCUACCCCCUGGCACAGAUUAAAAGUGUAGUGCCAGAAUAGCUGUAAAAGAGAGUGAGAAGCUACUUUACUUUAUAAACUCCAAUUAAAAAUAAUAGGUGAGAGCACAUAGCAAGACACAACACUAAUUUAAAACCAAUAGAGUUUAUCUGGCAUCUUAUGAUUAUUUAUGUACAUCUUAGUCCUCUCUGUGGAAACUAAUUAUGAGCUGAUAGGAAUCAGAAUAAAGAGGCUGCCAAGUAUGAUUGAAAAAGUAAACGAAGAGAAAUUAGAUGUUGCCACAUUAGGAUAAUUUAAUAGGGAAAGAGAAUAGGCUUCAAUCUCUUGUGGUUUUCCUUCAGUCCUUUUUUUCUAGCCUUUCAUUGUCACAACCAAGAAAACUCAGGGUGCUGCUAGGGGGUUAACCUGCAGAAGACCUCUACUUUGGAUUCUCAUCCUUUGAGGGAAGCAAGCAGUUUAAAAAGCCCCAGUUCUCCUUAGUUGUGGCAUCUCAAUUUUGUAACGGCAAAGGAAGGCAUAUUUGUUUGCAAGACAUGCAUUUUUCUCAGAAGAGGGGAUUAAACUGAUAAUGAUGACUCCACAUCUUAGAAAUGAUCUCCCAUCACAAGGUAAACCAAAACUGUCUGUAUUAAGUAUUUUGAAAGGCAUAUAUUUAUCAACAGACCAAAAUAUUUUUAAAGUUAGUAUAAUACAUAGUAAUCCUCUUAUUAAACCAGUAUCUUUUUUAAAAAAGAGAAAGUAUCUUAAAGGCAGUAGGAGAAAUGGAACAGAGUUCUACUAAAAAUGAUAUUAAUAGAGAACAAUAAAAUUCCUAUGCUUAUUUGAACUAUCCUAUAAAGCUCCACAGCACAGGUAUGAUCACUGUAUUCAGCUGUUUAGAAUGAUUCAAAGCCCCUAAAGAUUAUCAUUAGGUUUUUGCAAGCAAUUCAACUGGACUUUUAUUAGAAAGGUAAAAUUAAACUAAAUUGCUCAAUGCAGAGUGAGAGCCCUUAAGCUAUUGCUGAAAAGCAUCCAUCCAGCCAGGCUAAACUCAGGCUAGCUCUAAUAGAAAUCAGCUAAUUCAUAAAAUGGAAGUUUAUCAGAGCAGUUUAAAAUCCAAACCAAACAAUAAUUUAUCUUUCUAAAUGAGUCAAAUUUGAUGACUUUUAAACAAAAUUCUCAGCAGGCAGAAAAACGCCCCACAGUAUAACAGCAGUGCUUUAUACCUUGCACAACCUAGACUCAAAAUAAGAGAAUAAUUUUCCCUGUGUGAGCAUAGGAUAUUUACUUUAAGCGAUAAAAGAUUAUGUGGCUGGAAGCCCAAAGCACUUUAUCUUGUGAUGCCUCCAGUGUUUCACUGAGAACUGGAUGUAAGCAAUGUGCCAUUUGCUUUUUGGCUGUGUGUAUCUUUACUUCUUUCUAAACAUUUCAAUCGUGUUAGCUGUUUUGGAAGAAGAAAGUUCAAUGGUUCUAUCAUUGAAGGAAAAGUACCUUUUUUUAUUACUUAAGAGAAAUGCAGUCAUGUUUAUCCCUUCUUUGACAGAGGGUAAAGCUUUAAUAUCUCAGAAUAAUGGACAAACUCAUCAAGCCUAGGAGCUUCCUUCAGAUGGCAAAACUACAAAACAGAAGGUAAAUCCCAGAUUCUCAAAGCCAUUUAAGUGUCCAGUUUCCUUUGUUGAAUGUGAACUAGUUGCAUUCAGACACUUGAGGAUCUGCCUAAGUGACUUGCUCAUGGACAGAUGGGAAUGAGGUUCACAGAAUCAUGGGGAUAUGUCAGGAGGUCUCUUGCCCAACCUCCUGCCCAAAGUGGGAUGCCUAGGAGCCCUGCAUAUGUCAUGCAGAACUGGAAAGUCCUCAAGGGACAAAUUCCUCCUUUGCAUCUACCACUCAGAUACCAUAAACCUCCAGGAAGAACCAGAGCUGCAGAUAACUGCAAAAUGCCUGCACUGCCAGCCAUGCUGAGCUAGGCUCAGAAACUGCUUAGUUUCUCAGUAAAUAUUGUUUAUCCCUCAUGAACACAGUCUUUUGAAUGCUAUCUUUAUACGUUGGGCUUUAUGACAGUUUCAUAACAAGUUUUAAUUUUUUGCUCAUCAGCUUUCCUGUUCACAUAUCGUCAGAAUACGACAGCAAGGAUGUUAGGGAAUCUAAUUAGUAAACAAUUCCAUACUGCUGAUACAAGAUGAAACAUUCUUAAACCGAUAAAAAGAGCACUUUAAUCACUGUUGAAUGACUUUCAAUGCCAAGCAGUUUGUGCCAUGUCAGAACGUAAUUUGAAGAAGAUUAGAGUACUAUAUAAAAUAAUUAAUGUUAACAACUUCGUUAAAAAAUGUCUUAAACAAUGAGCUUGUCAGUUGUCACAGGCUCUCCGUGAUCUAUUGUUAUUAGUGCCCCCCCUCCCAACAAUCUCAACUGAUAAACAAUGCUAAAAGCUCUGGGCAACCUAAACAUUUCUUUUCCAUACGUCCGUCAGUUGUACAGGGUGCUAAUCACCGGAGCUGGGGGUCAGCCUUCUUUAACCUGCAACAAAGGCAGCGGGUUGCAAUGAUGAAUACACAGGAUAAAGAAUUUGUGAGAAGCCCAACUGAAUCUUUAAUCAUGCCUCAAUGCCAUUUCCGAUCCAGUCAAACAUUUGAAAGCUGCUAGGCAAGCACCACGCUAUCAAUCUUUCUAGCGUAUGUAAAAUUACCCGGGAAUCUUGUUUUGGAUUAAGUUGAAGAGUGUCUUAGUAAUAAGGGUUCAUCAUUCUCUUCCACAAAUCAUUUGUCAGUUUUGUAAUACAAUCUUCAACUGCAGCAGGGUGGGAUUUAUACAGCAGUUGCUGUUUAUUUAUAGUCGAGGCUCAAAGAUCUAAAUAUCCAGCCUUCCAAAAUCCUUUGUUGAGAUGAAAAUACUAAGUAGUUACUAGGCAUUUAUAGUAGUUCAUAGGCAUUUAUUUCAUAACUGCUAGCUGUCAAUUUGUAACUGAUGGCACUGAAUACAAAUUAAUAUUGAAUAUCUUAAUAGUAAAAGAAAAGGGGUUGUGGGGAUACAGUAUACAGUAAACCCCUCAUUAAUAUAUGUAAUGCAUCCAUUAGUAGUCUAAGAUACCAUUUAUGGUCCUGAUAAGAAAACAUAUUAUGCAGUUAAUGUUUAGUUUUUAGAUAUGUCUAGUUUUGAAUGCAUGUUUGUUUUCUAAAAUUAGAUUCCUGCUCUGAAGCAAGUUUACAUACCAAGCAUAUAAAUAACAGAAACAAAGCCAUAACUUAUCUGUAUAUUUAUCAGCUACAAAUGAAUAAGAUCCACUCUAAACUCUGUUAAGGGCACACAGAUUGUGCUAAACAAUGCCUGCCAGUGAGAUGGGAUCAGCUUCCCUGAAAAGGAGGUUUUUAUUUUCUUACAAAAAAUUAAGGAUAAAGGCCUUUUAUCUUGGUAGCCUGAGGUUAAGUUUAGCAAGUGCAUUUUAAAAGAUGGCCAGUGGGAAGAGGUGAAUUCAAAGUGACGUGAGAGGUGAGAAUUUGUGACAAGGGCCAGAGUCAAAGCAAGCAGCUUAAGUAGAACAAAAAGGCAAGUGCUUCCUUAAAACUCUUCAGGCUGUUCUUGUUAUUCAUUUCAGGACUAUGAGACAAAGCCAACACAUCACUAACACAAAAAUAACAGACCCACAUGAAAGCACUGCAAAUAUACCGUUUGUAGAGGCAUAACUUGUUACACAGCAGUGUGAAGAUGAGGUAGUAUGAACAUAUUCCAGAUCAUGGAAAUAAUAAGGUCUCCCAUCCCUUCUUUAUGCCUCUGAAAAGCACCCUGAAGAAUUCAAAUCCAUUCUGCUAGAGAGGGAAAAACUCUCCACCAGGUAGCUUCAAGCAAUGGUCAUUUCCUGAUUUGAUGUGAAAUAUAAAAUCUCCUUGGAAUAACAAACAGAAUGAUAUGGAGCCUGUCUCCACCAUGAUCAGUUCCAAAUUGUCCAAACCAAACCCUAAAGUUACAGCUGCAGUUUUAUAUUCCUCAAGCCUCAUCUUCACCUGGUGUAAAUCAACACAGGUCCAUUGCCUUCUCUGGGGGUCCACAGAUAUGUAGUUGCUGAGGACAAGCUCUGUUGCUUGUUGCAAGCCUGACAUUGACAUUCAGGGGGAGUGGAUGAAGGGAGGGGCAGCCAAGCUUUGCCUUAUCUCCUGGAAGAAAACUGCCCUCAGAGUGGAUUUGUUUCCUUAUGGAAUUGCUAGCUGGGAUUGUGGUGUAGUGUUUUCUCAAAACAUACUUAUUCCUUUCUCUGCAACAUUAAAACGUUUCAGCAGAUGAAUGGAACUGGUAGUUUUUCCCAUCAAGCUCAAUUCUUGGCAAACAAUGCAGACCGUGAUGACCUCUUCUGAAAAACACUAGCAAGUCUAAAAUACUCAUGUCCUCAUUCAACCUUUGGGAUUCCCCAGUACCUGAAGUGCUUUUAGGAGCUGUUUGGUGGUAUCAGCUGUAGCUGAGGCCAGUCAUAGCUGAGGGAGCUACUUCUCAAUGACAGGCAUUACUUUGCUCUGUUUCUUGUAACUCAGAGCUGUGAGGGAUAGUCAGUUUUUGUACAAUGCAGUGAACAUGUUUUAGUCUCGUGUGUGAGACUACAGGAGAACUGUUUGGUUUCUUCUGCAGUCCUCGUACUCAAAGCAAUCCCAGAUGCACAGUUAUCUUAUGAGUAACAUUCAGAAUAUGUAUGUAUUAGUCUCCUGUGAGAAAAUAGGAUUCCCUGAUUGCUUUUUCAGCAAAGAAAUACAAAUCGAGACCUGCCUUUGCUAUUUUGGGUGAGUAUGAUAAACUGAAAUCAUAUCUGCAGCUAAAAAAAAUAAAACUUUGGAGCUGCCAAAUAUGAUCUAUGAAACAAAUUGGGCUCAGCUGACUUCGGGUCCCAUCUCCACCCAAGGGCCAGCAGGAAAAUGUGAUCUGAACUGAGUCUGAAAUUACAGUCUUUUCAAAGGUCUCACCGAACCACAUCUAAACCAGAUAUUCUCAAUCACUUCCCCUUCCCCUAUCACCACAUUUAAACCAGUAAAGCAUCUCUUAGAAGAUAACAUAAUGGAUAACCCAAAAUCUAUAUGGUCUCCUUUUUUAACUCUGAUGUAUUCCUUUUUCAAUUAAUUCGCAAAUACAAAGACUCAAAACUCCAUCAGCUUCUCUGCUUGCAAAGCAUAGUUGGUUUCAAGCUGUAGCUUUUCUUAGCGUCAUUAAGACCUUUACACAUUUAUAGUGUUCUUUACAUACAUUAUAGAAGAUAAGUGUGCUAUGUUCUUUGAGUAAGGAAACUGCAGUAGUUCACGAAAGAGGAUUUGUUUUCAACUGCUGAGGCAUUAAGACCUAGUGAUUAUUUCAACUAUUCAAUAUAUGCAGCUAUAUUUAACUUGCAUUCUGGGUUUUAACUUUGCAAAAGAAAAUGUGUCCAUCGUAAUAAAUGUAUUUUGAUAAUGCACCAUGUUGUUUGUGUUAUGCAACACCCCAUAUGUUCUCAAUUAUGGCAAUGAUAGUGCUUGAAAACUUCCAACUUCCAACAUCCAGUGUCAAACAGAUUGCCUGCAAUCAUUCCAAAGGAGGGGAAAAAAAAACCAAACAAUACAGGACAUCAAGUCAGGAGAAGUGGGUUGGUUUUCUCUUUGCAACUUUUUCUUCCUUAGUGAACUUGGACAAGCCACUUCAACUCCAUGUACCUCACUUUUCCCAGCUGUAAAAUGGAGAGAGUACUAUUAUUUACCCACCUCACAGGGGUGUUGUGAGGACUAGUUCAGAUUUAUGGAGUGCUUUCAUACUUGCUGUUGAAAAGCACAGUGUGAGUAUAAAGUGUUAUAUUAUAAACCAUUGUUAAAAUGUGUAGAAGAUGUAGAACAAGGUUGGCAAAAUAGCUGACAAAUUGUGAUUACCUUUUAAAAUCAUGCAUAUUUUUCUCUAUUGUAUAAACUUAAUUCUUUAACCUGGGAAGCUGUCUGCUAUACCAGGCCCUAUUCCAGUCUUUUCCCUCUCUCACCCAGUUUCUUUUUGCUCAGCUCACAGAGAACUUGGUAAAACUCAUAUUAGCCAAAACACCAUUGAAUUCUUCAAACAUGGAUGCUUUACAGGGAACCAGGCCCUGGAAGGGUGAUCUACCAGUUAAUCUCUCCUACCCUUUGCAUAUGCUAGACAGAGCCAUCAUGGCAUACUAGGGGGUGGGAUUCAGUUGCCUGACAGGGCCUUAAGACAUCUGAGCUGCCUUCGGACAUCCCACAUGCUCUACAGCUGUCCUUCAGAAAGGCACACAUUUCCCAUAGGCCUGGUAUUCUAUUUGCCAUCUCCUCACAGAUAUAUCAGAUAAAACCAUACAAUGUUUAAGGCAGCACCAGACAUCUAUGUCUAUGCAACCUGAACACUCUUGUCACAGCACCUGGAAGGGAGCUGGUUCCCACAGGCAGGGCCCUAUUCCUUCCUUUUGCCAGUAUUUUAUUAAAAUCCACAAUUAGCUUCUGAAAAUUCUUUCAAGCCUGACAAAGAGCCAUCUUAAGCCUCAAAAACUUUAGUGAAGCAUAUGGUUUUAUGUUGCCCAACCAGCAUUUCAACAGCAGGAGCAGCAGCACGCCCCACAGGCUGCUCGCCCUGGCCUUUUUACCGACAUCACAUUUCCACGCAGAUCACUUCUGCAUUUUCUUCUCCUGCCCGCUGAACCCCCAUUCACACCUGAUUUACACUUUUAAGACAUCACUGCUCCACUGAAGUGGCAGUUUUGAGCACUGCAUGCAAAUUGCUACGAUCCAGUAUUGCUUCUCUUUUCUCGCAGGCUAGUAUGGAGCAGUGGAGCGAUACUGCAAGCUUUGCUCGUUUCUGGAUUUGGGAAAAAUCCCUAAGAAAAAUUAUGGAUCUUCGUUUCAGAGUGUAAUGGAAUAAGGAUGUGAUCAGGUUGACCAUAUUAUGUUGCUGUCCAUUGCUUCCCCCUUGCCCUAUAUGCCAACAUUGGCCAGUGGAGUGAGAAGCAAAGAGCAUGUAAGAGACAGCCCUAGGGCAUCACAGCAGCACUAUCAGGACCUGAUCAUACCUGAAAAUCUCUGCCACUUGCUUUCUGAGAUUUUGUGGUGUACGUCUAUAUAAACAUGAGUCCUAUCAUGACUUGUCGGCCACUGUCAAAAAUAGAAAUCCUAUGAAGGAUAUUGGAAACACUCCUGAAACACAUAACUUGCCAGCUGAGAGCUGAUUCUUCAGGGCAAGGGUAGUUUGAAGAGUUGAGCAAACAGGUUGUUGACAACAAACAUAUCCUGCCAAAAAGACAGAUUACAUAUGCUGCUGCAACUAAAUCAUCACAAUAGUGCUGGCUGGUGUUUGGGCAUACGUAGAUAAGAACUAAUUGAAAUCACUUCUUUUUUUAAAAUGUUGACUUGAAAUGUUUUAUGUUUUUGCGUGCUUUAAUUAGAUAUAUACUUUAUAUAAAUGUAUGCAUACAUAUUGUACUGUAUAUGCUGUAUAUUUUAUAUAGCUUUUUAAUACUAUUACUCAUCACAAUUUAGACUUUUUCGUAUGCAUUAUUGCAAAGAAUGUCAUCACAAUACUGACAUUUGACUUCCUCCUUCAUUGCACAGAUAAUUUUUCAGACUGACCUUGACUUUAGAUACGAGUGAAAAAAAACCUCCAUACAACACAAUGCUUUUUAAGCAAGUGACCUUUUGGGACAAAUAUUUAACAAGCUGUUUAGGUUUUAAAGGUAAAGACUUUUUCAUCUGUUGAUACAGACACGUAUGCACAUACACAGACACACACACAUUUCAUUAAUACAAUGCAUUGAAAAACCACGGGGUGUUAUGAUGGGGACAUAUCAUGGUAAGAAACUAACCAUUAACUCUGUCUUCCAGAACCUAAUUAAGGGAAUGUAUUUUGCAAUAAUACAGAUCUAGCAAACAGGCCUCUAAAGUCUAGGCUUCGAGCUGUAAGCCAGGCACUCCUGUAUUAUGUAUGUGUGAUUUUCAUAGGUAGCCUGCUGUAAAGUGUGCCCUGUUACUGCAUUUUUCAGGCUCAAAGACACUGGCCUUGUUAAUAUUUCAUUUAGUACAUACUGUAGAGUCUCAUUUAUAUUACUUCUAUAAUUAAUGGUGAUAGCUUAGGCACUGCCUUUACAAGGAGAGAUCCCUGUAUGUUGGUCGAUGGAUAAUGAGAAACAAUAGAUAUUUCAUUCACCAGCAGCUUGUUGCUAGUUAGUAGGAAAUUAUCGUGUGUACUGUUGCUUUAAUUGCCAGGGUAAAUAAUGCUGCCGCUGUGUUAGUGAACAUUUUAAAGCACUUGAUGCAAAUAGACUAGAAACAAAACACACAAAAAAAAAUUUACCUUUAUUAUGCUAUAUCUUAGCAUAGGGAGUUAAAAAGGUAUGUCUUAAAACAUUUACGUUCUAUCAUGCAAAUAUAUCUUAAUAUGCAUGUGCUGACUAUUCAACUACUGUAUUUUAGGAAAUACAAUUAUGCUGCCUUUCUCUUCUCCUAUGUAGACUGUAAAUAACUGUAGAUCUUUCUCUUGUUUUCCUAUGUAAAUAUAUGUAAAUACUAACAAGCUAUGCAUGCUGAUAUUCUAGGCAAUUUCAGGUACUUUUAUAAUCUGAAGGCAUGUACUUGAACUGGUUUGUUAGAAAAAAAAAAUCAACUCUCUCAAGUCCUUUAAAGCUCAUUAGAAAUUAAAGAUUUCUUACUAGACUGGUUCCUUCAA